UGUAACCAGGUGUUUAUCUGCGAGCGCAGAUACCCACGCAGAGAGUAUUAUUUUGCCAUCACCAUGGAGAGGUCCUUCCAGGGCCCUGUGCUGAUUGGCAGUUCUCAGGGAGGCGUGAACAUUGAGGAUGUGGCUGCAGAGAAUCCUGAUGCCAUUGUGAAAGAGCCUAUUGAUAUCAUGGAGGGAAUAAAGAUGGAUCAGGCUAUUAAGGUGGCGGAGAAGAUGGGUUUCCCCCCUGCAUUGAUCAAUGAAGCUGCAGAAAACAUGUUGAAACUUUAUGAUGUGUUCAUCAAGUAUGAUGCAUCUAUGGUAGAGAUCAACCCAAUGGUGGAGGAUUCAUCUGGGAUUGUGAUGUGUAUGGACGCUAAGAUCAACUUUGACUCAAACGCUGCCUAUAGACAGAAGAAAGUGUUCGACAUGCGAGACUGGACCCAGGAGGACACCAGAGACAGACAGGCAGCCAAAGCAGACCUCAACUACAUUGGCCUAGAUGGCACUAUUGGCUGUCUGGUCAAUGGGGCUGGACUUGCUAUGGCAACUAUGGACAUCAUUAAACUGCAUGGUGGAACACCCGCUAACUUCCUGGAUGUUGGAGGCGGAGCCACUGCACAGCAGGUGACGGAGGCCUUCAAGCUCAUCACGUCUGAUAAAAAGGUCCAAGCUAUUUUGGUGAACAUCUUUGGUGGCAUCAUGCGGUGUGAUGUCAUCGCACAGGGUAUUAUUAUGGCUGUCACUGACUUAGAACUGAAAAUCCCCAUCGUAGUGCGGUUACAAGGAACAAGAGUAGACGAUGCCAAGGCUCUGAUCGCUGCCAGCCCUCUGAAGAUCCUGGCCUGUGAUGAUCUGGACGAGGCGGCCAAAAUGGUUGUAAAGCUCUCUGAAAUUGUAUCAUUGGCUAAAGAGGCCCAGGUUGAUGUCAAGUUCCAGCUGCCCAUCUAACAGUGCAAACCUACAAGCUACAUCACUAUUCGAACCAUCUUAUAUGAACUGAAUCUAAGCCCACCACUUGAACUUGUCUAGUCUCAGACCUCCAGUAGAGAUCUCCUCAACCCCGUGUCCUGGUCAAGCUUCUGUCAUCUCUCGUUUCUGUCUCUUUGUGGUUCCCCGUUCCUUCUGUCUCAUCAGUGCUUUCAGAUUGUUAAAGCACAUGUGUAUCUGCAUGGUGCCACUUUUAUUUCAUGCGAAUCAACAUCACCCAGUGCAGAGCCCAUCAAACCAGUCCACUAACAUAUUGUUGGAUUUUUUUGGUUCCAUUGGUUUAGAUUGGGUCAGUGUUACUGCCUACUGUUGUUUUUCGUCAAUGUUAUUGUUUGUUUGAUUUCUGAAGUGGAGGAUGUAUUUAUGUGGGAUUGUAUUUGUACUGUUGAAAUGUACGGAGAUCUGACUCUUUGGGUAAAGAAUGUCUCGGACACAUUGGUCCUAUCUUUUGCCACAUAUAUAUAUAUAUAUAUAUAUACACAGUAUCAUAA